GCGCGCGGGGCGGGCGAGCGCGAGCCCAUUCACUCCAGCAUCCCGCGGGCGGGCGCGCGGGCGGGCCGAGCUCUGCUCUUUCACCUGCCGGGGCGGCGCGGGCCCGGCCCGGAGGAGGCGGCGCCGCGGCCGCCCUGCCAAUCACCUCGGCGCCUGGCAGCGCCCCCGGCCGCUCCCGCCCGCCCGCUCCCUCCUGCCAAACUGUUACCCUGAGCGUUACCGUCAGGAGCAAUGACAUCAGGGCUUUAAAACAACUUGUUAUUCGGGGAGUAAUCAGUGGCAAUUAGGCAUUAAUUAAGUAUUAUGAAAGUUGAUUAUUUAAGUGAAUUCGGCUUUCGACUCUCCGACGAUGAGUUUGGGACCAAAGAGAGGAGAAUGGAUCUUGGUACAGCUGAAGGCACCCGGUGCACCGACCCACCCGCAGGCAAGCCCGCGAUGGCGGCCAAGCGCAAAGGCGGCCUGAAGCUCAACGCCAUCUGCGCCAAGCUGAGCCGCCAGGUGGUGGUGGAGAAGGGAGCGGAGGCUGGCGCCCACGCCGAGGGCAGCCCGCUGCGGCCCCGGGACAAAGAGCGCAGUGGCCCCGAGUUGGGGGCGACCCGGGCCCCCCGCAGCGAAGAAGACAAGAGGCGGGCGGUGAUCGAGAAGUGGGUCAACGGGGAGUACAGUGAGGAGCCGGCGCCCAUGCCCGUGCUGGGGCGGAUCGCCCGGGAGGGCCUGGAGCUGCCCCCCGAGGGUGUCUACAUGGUGCAGCCCCAGGGCUGCAGCGACGAGGAAGACCACAGUGAAGAGCACCCCAAGGACGGCAGCAUCAUGGAGGAGAAGGACUCGGAUGGGGCAGCCUCCAAGGAUGACAGUGGCCCCGGUGCCAAGCAGGCUUCAGGAGAGGCCUCCUCGCUGCGGGACUACGCCGCCUCCACCAUGACUGAGUUCCUUGGCAUGUUUGGCUACGAUGACCAGAACACGAGGGACGAGCUGGCCAGGAAGAUCAGCUUCGAGAAGCUGCACGCGGGCUCCACCCCUGAGGCAGCCGCCUCCUCCGUGCUGCCUGCCUCCGAGGACGCCCUCAGCAAGCGGGCGCGGUUCUCCAAGUAUGAGGAGUACAUCCGCAAGCUCAAGGCCGGCGAGCAGCUGUCCUGGCCGGCCCACGGCACCACGGCCGAGGGGCGGGCGGGCAAGGAGGCGCUGGGGCCCCUGCCUGGCCUGCGGCUGCCCAGCAGCACGGCGCACCUGGAGACCAAGGCCACCAUCCUGCCCCUGCCCUCACACAGCAGUGUCCCCAUGCAGGGCCUGGUGGCCCGCGCCUCCAAGUACGACUUCUUCAUCCAGAAACUGAAGACGGGCGAGAACCUGCGGCCCCAGAACGGCAGCGCCUACAAGAAGCCAUCGAAGUAUGACCUGGAGAACGUCAAGUACCUGCACCUCUUCAAGCCCGGGGAGGGCAGCCCUGACAUGGGCGGGGCCAUCGCCUUCAAGACGGGCAAGGUGGGGCGCCCCUCCAAGUAUGACGUCCGGGCCAUCCAGAAGCCGGGCCCCGCCAAGGCUCCGCCCACCCCCAGCCUGGCUCCUGCACCCCUCACCAGUGUGCCCACUGCUCCCAGCGCCCCUGGGCCAGGCCCUGAGCCACCUGCCUCCCUGCCUUUCAACACUCCUGAGUACCUGAAGUCAGCCUUCUCCAAAACAGAUUCCAUCACCACGGGGACCGUCUCCACUGUCAAGAACGGAUUGCCCACAGAUAAACCAGCCGUCACUGAAGAUGUAAACAUUUACCAGAAAUAUAUUGCCAGGUUCUCAGGCAGUCAGCACUGUGGCCACAUCCACUGCGCCUACCAGUACCGCGAGCACUACCACUGCCUCGACCCCGAGUGCAACUACCAGAGAUUCACGAGCAAGCAGGAUGUGAUCCGGCACUACAACAUGCACAAGAAGCGCGACAACUCCCUGCAGCACGGCUUCAUGCGCUUCAGCCCACUGGACGACUGCAGCGUCUACUACCACGGCUGCCACCUCAACGGGAAGAGCACCCACUACCACUGCAUGCAGGUGGGCUGUAACAAGGUGUACACGAGCACGUCGGACGUGAUGACCCACGAGAACUUCCAUAAGAAGAACACCCAGCUCAUCAAUGACGGCUUCCAGCGCUUCCGAGCCACUGAGGACUGCGGCACGGCCGACUGCCAGUUCUACGGGCAGAAGACCACGCACUUCCACUGCAGGCGCCCUGGCUGCACAUUCACCUUUAAGAACAAGUGUGACAUCGAGAAGCACAAAAGCUACCACAUCAAGGACGACGCCUACGCCAAGGAUGGCUUCAAGAAGUUCUACAAGUACGAGGAGUGCAAGUACGAGGGCUGCGUGUACAGCAAGGCCACCAACCACUUCCACUGCAUCCGCGCCGGCUGCGGCUUCACCUUCACCUCCACCAGCCAGAUGACCUCGCACAAGCGCAAGCACGAGCGCCGGCACAUCCGCGCCUCGGGCUCGGGCGUGCUGGGGCUGCCGCCCUCGCUGCUGGGCGCCAAGGACACGGAGCACGAGGAGUCCAGCAAUGACGACCUGGUCGACUUCUCGGCCCUGAGCAGCAAGAACUCCAGCCUGAGCGCCUCCCCCACCAGCCAGCAGUCCUCCGCCUCCCUGGCCACCGCCACUGCCACCUCCGAGGCUGUGCCCAGCGCCACCAAGCCUCCCAACAGCAAGAUCUCGGGGCUGCUGGCCCAGGGCCUGCCUGGCUCCAUCCCCCUGGCACUGGCCCUCUCCAACUCGGGCCUGCCCGGUGCCACGCCCUACUUCCCCAUCCUUCCGGGCCGGGGCAGUGCCUCCCUGCCUGUGGGUGCCCCUGGCCUCAUGGGUACCAUGUCAUCCGGGACAACAGCAUCAGUAACCCCCGACACACCCGCGCUGGCUGCCUCGGGAGCUGGCGACUCUGCCGCCGCUGCAGCCGCCUCUGUCCCCGUGCCCCCGGCCUCCAUCAUGGAGAGGAUCUCAGCGAGCAAGGGCCUCAUCUCACCCAUGAUGGCCAGGCUGGCUGCAGCCGCCCUCAAGCCCUCUGCCACCUUUGACCCAGGAAACGGGCAGCAGGCUGCCCCUGCCAGGUUCCCCCCAGCCCAGGUGAAGCAGGAGCCCGGUGAGAGUGCUGGCGUCCCAGGUCCCCACGAGGCCUCCCAGGACCGCACUUUAGACCUGACUGUGAAGGAGCCCAGUAAUGAAUCAAAUGGCCACGCAGUCCCGGCAAAUUCAUCUCUUUUAUCCUCGCUUAUGAAUAAGAUGUCUCAGGGCAACCCCAGCCUCGGCAGCCUGUUGAACAUCAAGACGGAAGCGGAGGGGAGCCCCGCCGGGGAGUCCUCGCCCUUCCUGGGCAAGGCCGUGAAGGCGCUGGUUCAGGAGAAGCUGUCAGAGCCCUGGAAGGUGUACCUUCGCAGGUUUGGCACCAAGGACUUCUGCGACGCCCACUGUGACUUCCUCCACAAGGCCCACUUCCACUGCGUGGUGGAGGAGUGCGGCGCGCUCUUCAGCACCCUGGACGGGGCCAUCAAACAUGCCAACUUCCACUUCCGGACAGAGGGAGGAGCCGUGAAAGGAAACGCGGAGGCUUCCUUCCCGGCCUCGGCUGCUGAGACCAAACCUUCCUUGGCCCCCUCAUCCCCUCCAGCGCCUCCUGUCACCACGGCCACGGCUUCCUCUCUCGAGGGGCCCACUCCCAGCCUGGCCGCCGUGCCCUCCACCCCCACCCUGCUCGCCUGGAAGCAGCUGGCUUCCACCAUACCCCAGAUGCCUCAGAUUCCAGCGUCAGUGCCUCACCUGCCCACUUCGCCCUUGGCAACGACUUCUCUAGAAAACGCCAAGCCCCAGGUCAAACCCGGAUUCCUCCAGUUCCAGGAGAAUGAUCCUUGCCUCGCAACGGACUGCAAGUAUGCCAACAAGUUCCACUUCCACUGUCUCUUUGGGAACUGCAAGUACGUCUGCAAAACCUCUGGCAAGGCCGAGUCUCACUGCCUGGACCACAUCAACCCCAACAACAACCUGGUGAACGUGCGAGACCAGUUUGCUUACUACUCCCUGCAGUGCCUCUGUCCCAACCAGCACUGCGAGUUCCGGAUGCGUGGGCACUACCACUGUCUCCGGACCGGCUGCUACUUUGUGACCAACAUCACCACCAAGCUGCCGUGGCACAUAAAGAAGCAUGAGAAAGCUGAGCGGCGGGCAGCCAACGGGUUCAAGUACUUCACCAAGCGUGAGGAGUGCGGCAGGCUAGGCUGCAAGUACAACCAGGUGAACAGCCACUUCCACUGCAUCCGGGAGGGCUGCCAGUUCUCCUUCCUCCUCAAACACCAGAUGACCUCCCACGCCCGGAAGCACAUGCGGAGGAUGCUGGGGAAGAACUUCGAUCGUGUGCCCUCCUCCCAGGGCCCCCCGAGCUUGAUGGACACGGAGACGGAUGACUACAUGGAUUACACCGGCUGCAGCCCGGGCGCCAUGUCCUCCGAGUCCUCCACCAUGGACCGAAGCUGCUCCAGCACCCCUGUGGGCAACGAGAGCACCGCGGCAGGGAACACCAUCUCCAUGCCGACAGCCUCGGGGGCCAAAAAGCGCUUCUGGAUCAUUGAGGACAUGUCGCCGUUCGGCAAGCGGCGCAAGACGGCCUCCUCGCGCAAGAUGCUGGACGAGGGCAUGAUGCUGGAGGGCUUCCGGCGCUUCGACCUCUACGAGGACUGCAAGGACGCGGCCUGCCAGUUCUCGCUCAAGGUCACCCACUACCACUGCACGCGCGAGAACUGCGGCUACAAGUUCUGCGGGCGCACGCACAUGUACAAGCACGCGCAGCACCACGACCGCGUGGACAACCUGGUGCUGGACGACUUCAAGCGCUUCAAGGCCUCGCUCAGCUGCCACUUCGCCGACUGCCCCUUCUCGGGCACCAGCACGCACUUCCACUGCCUGCGCUGCCGCUUCCGCUGCACCGACAGCACCAAGGUCACGGCGCACCGCAAGCACCACGGCAAGCAGGACGUGAUCAGCGCGGCGGGCUUCUGCCAGUUCAGCUCGAGCGCCGACUGCGCCGUGCCCGACUGCAAGUACAAGCUCAAGUGCUCGCACUUCCACUGCACCUACCCCGGCUGCCGCCACACGGUCGUGGGCAUGUCGCAGAUGGACUCGCACAAGCGCAAGCACGAGAAGCAGGAGCGCGGCGAGCCGCCCGCCGCCUCCCCGGGCGCCGAGGGCCCCGCGCCCGGCCCGGCCGCCGGCCUGGACGGCGCGCCCCCGCCCGGCGCCGAGCCCGCCGCCGCCGCCGCCCUGCUCUUCCCGCGCGGCCCGGCGCGGGGCCCCGGCGACGCGGGCGACCCCGGCCCGCCCGACGCCCCCGCGCCCCGCGCCGGCCCCGCCGCGCCCGCGCCCGGCCCCGCGGCCGGCGAGUCGUCGCAGGAGGACGACGAGGAGGAGCUGGAGCUGAACGAGGAGGAGGCGGACGACGACGAGGACGACGAGGAGGAGGACGACGACGACGAGGACGACGACGACGAGGACGACGACGACGACGAGGACCUGCGCACCGACUCGGAGGAGUCGCUGCCCGAGGCGGCGGGGGCGGCGGCGGGCCCGGGCGCGCGGAGCCCGGAGCUGGCCGCCCUCGGCGCCUCCGCGCCCCCCGGCCCCGCGCCCGCCGCCACCGCCCCCGCCGCCUCCCCGUAGCCGCGGGCCCGGGGCGCGGGGAGAGGGGGGCCGGGCGCGCCGGCGCCCUCGGGAUCUCGCCGCUGUGUUCCCUCGUCGCUGUUGUCGCCGUUAUUGUCAUUGAUUUUG